CAAAGCCUUGUUCAUAUGGAAAACGCACCAUCUCUCUCUCUCUCUCCUCUCCCCUGUAAAUAGAAGAAUCUCCCAUUGUCUUUUAUAAUUUCUAGCUUUUCUCUUUUUUUUUUGUUGCUGGUUUGAGAGAUCAUCAUCAUCAUCAAGUACUAAAAACAUUUUGAGGCAAUUAAAAUUGCAGAGAAUUUUUAAAAGAAUUGUGUUUUGGUGAUGAAGAGACUAAGUAGUAGUAGUUCAGAUUCAGUGGGUGGUCUCAUCUCUUUAUGUCCUACCACUUCCACAGAUGAGCAGAGUCCGAGGAGAUACGGUGGGAGAGAGUUUCAGUCGAUGCUUGAAGGUUACGAGGAAGAAGAAGAAGCUAUAGUUGAAGAGAGAGGACACGUUGGUUUGUCUGAGAAGAAGAGAAGGUUAAGCAUUAACCAAGUUAAAGCCUUGGAGAAGAAUUUUGAGUUAGAGAAUAAGCUUGAGCCUGAGAGGAAAGUUAAGUUGGCUCAAGAACUUGGUCUUCAACCUCGUCAAGUUGCUGUUUGGUUUCAGAACCGUCGUGCUCGUUGGAAGACAAAACAGCUUGAGAAAGAUUACGGUGUUCUUAAAACCCAAUUCGAUUCUCUCCGUCAUAACUUUGAUUCCCUCCGCCGUGACAAUGAAUCUCUUCUUCAAGAGAUUAGUAAACUGAAGACUAAGCUUUACGGAGGAGGAGAAGAAGAAGAAGAAGAGAACAACGAGGCGGCGGAGGCAACAGAGAGUGAUAUUUCCGUCAAGGAGGAAGAGGUUUCGUUGCCGGAGAAGAUCACAGAGCCGCCGUCGUCUCCACCGCAGUUUCUAGAACAUUCAGAUGGGCUCAAUUACCGAAGUUUCACGGAUCUACGUGAACUUCUUCCAUUAAAGGCGGCGGCUUCUUCGUUCGCCGCAGCUGGAUCUUCAGACAGUAGCGACUCAAGCGCUCUUCUGAACGAGGAAAGCAGCUCUAACGUCACGGUGGCUGCUCCGGUGACGGUUCCCGUUGGUAACUUCUUCAAGUUUGUGAAAAUGGAGCAGACGGAGGAUCAUGAUGACUUUUUGAGUGGAGAAGAAGCUUGCGAAUUCUUUUCCGAUGAACAACCGCCGUCUCUGCACUGGUACUCCACCGUUGAUCACUGGAAUUGAAGCUGUCAAAAUCACCACCGGAAGAGAUUUUGGAUUGGAAUUUAGAUGCUCGGGAAAAAAACAGAGGAGGGCAAAAUGGGAAUAAUGGUUUAAAAAUGAAGGGAAAAAAAAUUAAGCAAGGGUUAAACCUGGGCGGGAAUAAAUAUUUAGGGUGAAUUUGUAAUUAAUGCUUUUUUCUCUCUCUGGUGUUUUCGUGCACUUCUUGUAAUUAAAGGGAUCAUCAUCGGAUCAUGAGAAAUUGAGAAGGGUUCAAAGUAGCAGAACUCAAAA